UACGAGUUAUUUAUGCGUGAUUUUUAGUUGGGCAAAACAUGUCCAUUCUUUCUUUAAAUUAUCCACGUUGAGGCUCUGGGAACCGUGAAAUUAUAAGUUGAACUAAAAAUGUCUACGGCAGAGCUUGAUGCUGAUUUUGACACUGGUACGUCUGGAGCCUCUUUGACAUACCCAAUGCAAUGUUCUGCUUUGAAGAAAGGUGGAUUUGUCAUGAUUAAAGAUCGACCAUGCAAGAUAGUGGAAAUGUCAACUUCUAAAACCGGCAAACAUGGUCAUGCUAAAGUGCACUUGGUUGCCUUGGAUAUUUUUACUCAGAAGAAAUAUGAGGAUUUGUGUCCCUCAACUCAUAACAUGUCAGUUCCUGUUACAAACAGAAAAGAUUUUCAGGUUGUGGACAUUUCUGAUGAUGGUUAUUUGAAUUUAAUGGAUGAUGAUGGUACGACCAAAGAAGAUCUUAAGGUUCCAGAAGGUGAAGUAGGUGAUGAUGUUCGAGCAAAAUUUGAAGCUGGAGAAAGUUUUUUGGUUACUGUUUUAAGUGCUUGUAAUGAGGAGAUGGUUGUUGGUACUAAAGUUUUGACUGGCUAAAUUCUAUAACAGCAAAAUUCCUAUUAGGGUAUCGAACACCAAGGAUCGAAAAAGUCAAGUAUUCAAAGCUGCAGUAUAAAUAUAUAUAUAUAAAAAAAAUGCUUCAAUGUUUUCUAAGUA